AUGAACAUCAUCGACUCCUUAUUCGGCCGCGCCAAAUCGCCAGCAGAGCGUCUCAGGCAACACCAACGCACACUCCAAAAGGCGCAACGAGAGCUCGACCGAGAACGAACCAAGCUCGAGCAGCAAGAAAAGAAACUCACUCAGGACAUCAAGAAGAGUGCACGAGCGGGUCAGAUGCCAGCUUGCAAGGUCAUGGCAAAAGACUUGGUUAGGACACGUAGACACAUCCACAAGUUUUACCAGAUGAAGACACAGUUGCAGGCUGUCUCGUUACGUAUUCAGACGCUUCGAAGUAAUCAGCAGAUGGCUGAGGCUAUGAAGGGGGCAACACGGGCAAUGGGCACAAUGAACCAAAGCAUGAACCUACCGCAAAUUCAACGCAUCAUGCGCGACUUUGAACGCGAAUCCGCAACCAUGGACAUGAAGGAUGAGAUGAUGGGCGAGGCAGUCGAUGAAGCAAUGGAUGACGAAGACGAAGGUGUAGGCGAGGAGGAGGAGUCAGAUAACAUCCUCAAGGAAGUGCUUGACGAGAUCGGAGUGUCGGUAGGUCAGCAGCUUGGAGAAGCACCUACAGCAGCAUUGUCAGCACCACAAGCAGCGCCGCAACAGCGUGUUGCCAUUGGCGAAGGUGCAGGAGGUGGAAGUGCUAGCUUCGGUGGAGCAUCCAAAGAUGAAGAUGCUCUACAGGCCAGACUUGAUAGCUUGCGAAGAGAUUGA